CCUUGUGGGAAAGACUGGCUCUCUUGUCCGCGAUGAAGUUUGUCUCGCAUGGGACCUUGAGAGAGAUCUGAAGAGGCUUAACAAGAACUUGUCCACCAUUAAGGCGGUGCUCUUGGAUGCGGAGGAGAAACAAGUACAAAACCGGGAGCUACACCUCUGGCUCGGGACACUUAAGGAUUUCUGUUACUAAGCAGAGGAUGUUCUGGAUGAGUUGGAGUACGAAGGUUUGCGGAAGAAAGUGGUUAAACAGUAUGGAAGCACCAAAAUGAAGGUAUGCCGAUUCUUUUCAUCCUCGAAUCCACUCGUAUUUCGAUUUAAAAUGGGUCACAAGGUUAAGGAGCUUAGGGAGAGUUUUGAUGAGAUUGCAGCCCAAAAGUCUAUUUUUCAUCUCACGGAGCUAGGUGACAGUAAACCAGUGGGGCAUAGGGUGAGGGAGUUGACGGAUUCUUUUGUGCUUAUGUCUAAAGUUUUUGGGAGGGAAGCUGAGAAGGAAAGAAUCAUGAGUUUUCUCUUGCAACCAAGAGGAAAGAGCGUGGGUGUGAUUCCCAUAGUUGGAUUAGGAGGGUUGGGAAAGACUACACUUGCUAAGAUGUUGUACAAUGAUAAUAGGAUCGAUGAGCAUUUUCCAUUAAAGAUGUGGGUGUGCAUAUCAGAAGAUGGAUUUGACAAGAAAAAAACUUUGGUGAAGAUUAUGAAUUCCAUAACCAAACAAAAUCUUAGUGAUUAUGAUUUAGGAGAGAUGCAAAUUUCUAUUCGAGAAAAACUGAAUGGCAAAAAAUUUAUGUUAGUUUUGGAUGAUGUUUGGAGUGCCAAUCGUAAUGAAUGGGUUGAAUUGCUAGACUUGUUAGAGGAAAGCGAAAGUGGAAGCAAAAUUAUUGUAACAACGCGUAGUAAUUCCGUAGCCAAAACUACUGGUACUACUGGAGCAUACGAGUUAGAAGGUCUUCCCUUUGAGGAUUGUUUUUCUCUAUUUAAGAAACUGGUAUUUAAUGAAGGAGAAGCUGAGCGCUAUCCAAACCUAGUAGAAAUUGGGAAUGAUAUUGUGGACAGAUGCAAAGGGGUUCCUUUGGCAAUAAGGACCUUAGGAAGCUUACUCUACGCGAAUAAAAAUGAACAAGAUUGGAUUUCUAUAAGAGAUAACGAAAUAUGGAGAUUGGAUCAGGGUGAAGAAGACAUCUUACCCGUCUUGAAAUUGAGUUACGAUCAAUUACCGCCUUACUUGAAACCAUGUUUUGCUAUUUGCUCAAUAUUUCCGAAGGAUUACGAUUUUCUUAGUCAUGAGGUGACUCAACUUUGGAUGGCGCAUGGGCUCCUUCAAUCAUCAAAUGGAAAGGAAGAGUUGGAGGAUAUCGGAUUACGCUACAUCAAGGAAUUAUGUUCAAGAUCUUUCUUUCAAGAUAUUUGGGAUUUUGGUUACAUUUGGAGCUUUCGAAUGCAUGAUUUAGUGCAUGAUCUAGCAAUGUCCAUGGCUCACGACGAGUGCUUGGUGGUAAAUGAACGCAUCAGGAAUAUUUCUAAAGGGACUCGACAUAUCUCAGUCUUUGAUGUCAGGGCUUUGCAUGACAUAGAGGAUCCAAAAAGUUUGCGGACCGUAAAAUUUGAGAUAUGUCCGACGGAAAGUCCAGUUUGGCUAUCUACAUGUAGACAUUUAAGGAUGUUGGUUUUAAGAUCCUCUUCUUCUGGGGUGCUACCUUUAAUUGGUGGCCUAAAACAUUUGAGAUAUCUCCACUUAACUUUUGAUGAAAGAAUCAAGAAACUGCCUGAUUCAUUUUGGAAGCUUCACAAUUUGCAGAUUUUAUAUCUGAAAGGUUGUGUGGAAGAAUUACCAAGGGACAUAAGGAAGUUGAUUAGGUUGAGAUCUUUGGUAUUCACAACUAAGCAAAAGCGAUUGCCAAAUGAUGGACUCAGCAGUUUAAAACACCUUCAUUCUUUGAUAGUUGCAGAUUGUACCGACCUUGAAGUCUUGUUUGAAGAAAAACAAGAUGUUGCCUUGUUGCGCCUUUUAUUUAUUAAAUCAUGUGAGAAUUUGAUUUCUUUGGCACCCACUCCAAAAUUCUUUGCUGCAUUAGAGAAUUUGAUAAUCGAGAACUGUCCUCGCCUUAAUUUGACGGAAGGGGUUGACAUUGAUCAAGACAUUGAGUCUAGGCUUCAUUUUCUAUACAUCAAAGGGUUACCGCAGUUGAAGACCUUACCUCAAUGGCUUCAAAGGUCUUCUAAAACUUUGCAAGACAUGGCAAUCAUCAAUUGUGAAAACUUGUCGGCUUUACCUGAGUGGCUUCCAAUUUUCAAAUCACUGAAAAGACUUGUACUCGAGAACUGUCCUAAACUGUCGACACUUCCGGAGGAGGGGAUUUCUCACCUCACAGCCUUAGAAUCACUGGUGAUUGCACAUUGUCCUGCACUGAGUGAAAGAUAUAAAAGGAACGCAGGCGAGGGUUGGGACAAGAUAGCUCACAUCCCAAAUAUCAUUUUUUAUUAAUGAUCAGGUGUUGGAGCGCUCUAAUACCAGGAUCUAGCUUACUAAAAGUGGUGUGUGUGUGUGUGUGUUUUUUUCUUUUAAUAAUUAUGUUCAGACACUUUGAAUUGGUAGAUACUAGGAGUGUUGUUUGUAUAAACUUUGUGCUUAAUUAUCAUUCAAAAAUUGCUUGAGUACUAAUGUAAUUGUAUUCACUGCUCGUUUCAUGUGUAAAUAUAUUCAUCAUCUGUUAUUUUCAA